CAGCGGGCCCCUCAACAGCUGCAGCAGCAGCAGCAGAUGUGUGUGAAUGUGGGUGAGUGACGACGAACAGCAGGAGUAGCAGCAGCAGCAGCAGCAGCAGCAGCAGCAGCGAGAGCCAAGCCUUCCUCGACAACCACAGCAGUGGCCCAGAGCGAAUCUCGCUCAGUGUAUCCGAAACGACGGCACUGCGCCUUCCAGACUCCACCAUGGUCCGGCUGAAGAAGAAAGGCCCGACCUUUGGGACGGCGUCGCCAGGCAGCGGCUUCUUCCUGGCCGCCUCCUCCUCCUCCUCCGUCUUUGGAUACCGAAACCUCGUGAUCCUUCUGGCUAUCCUUGCGUCCUGCGUUUACGCCAACAAUAACGUUUAUGAAGAUGACGUGGUAUUCUACAAGAAAAUUGAAGGUCAUGGCCCGUACCGCUGUGUGGCAAAGCUACGAUACACAAUACACCACAAAGCAAGUGGAUCUCUCGUCAACAUUGACUGCGCCCCAGCUGAAAAGGACACGUGGAAGAGGGAUGUAAACAACAGGAGACAACAGACCUCCUCCACGGGCGGACCCUCUGCAUUUUCGUGCGAUGAGGUUUACCCUGCACCGUGGUGGCCCGAGAGCUGGGACAGUCAAGUUGCUGGAUGCCGUAAUAUUCACAUGUCAGCAUCAUCUUCAUCGGAAGCCUUUGGUAACGCUUUGUCCUCAUUUGCUCAAGAACCACAACCAACCAAUGUCGACUGCUAUUGCCCAGCAUCUUACACUGAAGAUUGUUUCUGUCUUGCUAAUCCCACUUCCAGUUCAGCUGUUGACUGUCUGUGUGAAGAGUCUAGCAGUUCAUUCGUUGAUUGCCUUUGCGAAGAAUCCAGCAGCUCCGCUCUCGAUUGUCUGUGCGAACCCGACUGCUUAUGCGAACCAAGUUCUUCGUCUUCAUCAUCAUUAUCCAGUUCUUCCUUCUCGUCUAGUUCCAGUCAGUCUUCUUCCUCUUAUUCUUCAAGUUCAAGUCAAUCCUCUUCCUCUUCUUCUUCUAGCUCAAGCCAGUCUUCUUCCUCCUCUUCAUCUAGUUCAAGUAAGUCCUCAUCUUCAUUAUCUUCAAGCUCAAGUCAAUCUUCCUCCUCAUCUUCAUCUAGUUCCAGCCAAUCAUCUUCCUCAUCAUCUUCAAGUUCAAGCCAAUCUUCAUCAUCAUCUUCUUCCAGCUCUAGUCAAUCAUCUUCAUCAUCCUCUUCAAGUUCUAGCCAAUCAUCCUCUUCAUCAUCUUCAAGCUCUAGCCAGUCUUCAUCUAGUUCAUCCUCAAGUUCAAGCCAAUCAUCCUCUUGUUCUUCAUCAAGCUCUAGCCAGUCUUCAUCUAGUUCAUGCUCAAGCUCUAGCCAAUCAUCCUCUUCAUCAUCUUCAAGCUCUAGCCAGUCUUCAUCUAGUUCAUGCUCAAGCUCUAGCCAAUCAUCCUCUUCAUCAUCUUACUCCUUAAGCGCAAUGGCAUCCUCUUCAUCAUCUUCAAGCUCUAGCCAGUCUUCAUCUAGUUCAUGCUCAAGCUCAAGCCAAUCAUCCUCUUCAUCUUCCUCCAGCUCUAGCCAGUCUUCCUCUAGUUCAUGCUCAAGCUCUAGCCAAUCAUUCUCAUCAUCUUCAAGCUCUAGCCAGUCUUCAUCUAGUUCAUCCUCAAGCUCAAGCCAAUCAUCCUCUUCAUCAUCUUCAAGCUCUAGCCAGUCUUCAUCUAGUUCAUGCUCAAGCUCUAGCCAAUCAUCCUCUUCAUCAUCUUCAAGCUCUAGCCAGUCUUCAUCUAGUUCAUGCUCAAGCUCUAGCCAAUCAUCCUCUUCAUCAUCUUCAAGCUCUAGCCAGUCUUCAUCUAGCUCAUCAUCAAGCUCUAGCCAAUCAUCGUCUUCAUCAUCUUCAAGUUCUAGCCAGUCUUCAUCUAGUUCAUGCUCAAGCUCUAGCCAAUCAUCCUCUUCUUCAUCUUCAAGUUCUAGCCAGUCUUCAUCCAGUUCAUCCGCAAGUUCUAGCCAAUCAUCCUCCUCAUCAUCUUCCAGCUCUAGCCAGUCUUCAUCUAGUUCAUCCUCAAGUUCUAGCCAAUCAUCCUCGUCAUCGUCUUCAAGUUCUAGCCAGUCUUCAUCUAGUUCAUCCUCAAGUUCUAGCCAAUCAUCCUCCUCAUCAUCUUCAAGCAGCUUAAGCCAAUCAUCUUCCUCAUCAUCAUUCAAAGCCUCUAGCCAGUCUUCAUCCAGUUCAUCCUCAAGUUCUAGCCAAUCAUCCUCUUCAUCAUCUUCAAGCUCUAGCCAGUCUUCUUCUAGUUCAUCCUCAAGCUCUAGCCAAUCAUCCUCUUCAUCAUCUUCAAAAGCUCUAGUCCAGUCUCUCUAGUUCAUGUCUCAGCCAAGCCAAUCAUCCUCUUCAUCUUCAUCAAGCUCUAGCCAGUCUUCUUCUAGUUUAUCCUCAAGUUCUAGCCAAUCAUCCUCUUCAUCAUCGGCCAGCUCUAGCCAGUCUUCAUCUAGUUCAUGCUCAAGCUCUAGCCAAUCAUCCUCUUCAUCAUCUUCAAGCUCUAGCCAGUCUUCAUCUAGUUCAUCCACAAGCUCUAGCCAGUCAUCCUCCUCAUCAUCUUCAAGCUCUAGCCAGUCUUCAUCUAGUUCAUCCUCAAGCUCCUAGCCAAUCACCUCUCAUCAAUCUUCAAGCUCUAAGUCUUCAUCUAGUCCAUCCCACAAGCUCAGCCCAAUUCAAUCCUCUUCAAGCUCAUCAAGCUCACCAGUCCUUCAUCUAGUUCAUGCAAUGAUUCAAGCUCAAGCCAAUCAUCCUCUUCAUUCAUCUUCAAGCUCUAGCCAGUCUUCAUCUAGUUCGUGCUCAAGCUCUAGCCAAUCAUCCUCUUCAUCUUCAUCCAGCUCAAGCCAGUCUUCAUCUUCAUCAUCAUCAAGUUCUAGCCAGUCCUCCUCAUCUUCUUCAUCCAGUUCAAGCCAAUCUUCAUCAUCUUCAUCAUGCAGCUCAAGCCAGUCAUCUUCUUCUCUCUCCUCCAGUUCAAGUAUCUCAUCCUCUUGUUCAUCUCCAAGCUCAAGCCAAUCGUCACCUUCGUGUUCCUCUAGUUCAAGUCAGUCGUCUUCAUCCUCUUCGUCAUCUUCAAGCUGUAGUUCAUCUUCCUCCUCAUCCUCAUCAAGCUCUUCCUCUUCAAGUUCAAGCUCAUCUUCCUCUUCAUCUAGCUCAUCAUCCAGCUCAAGCUCAUCUUCAUCAUCUUCCAGUUGUAGUUCAUCUUCAUCAUCAUCUAGCUCAAUCUCAUCUUCGUCAUCUUCCAGUUCAAGCUCAUCUUCUUCAUCUAGCUCAAGCUCAUCUUCAUCAUCUUCCAGUUCAAGCUCAUCUUCUUCAUCUAGCUCAAGCUCAUCUUCAUCUAGUUCAAGCUCAUCAUCUUCAUCUAGCUCAAGCUCAUCUUCCUCGUCUUCCAGUUCAAGCUCAUCUCCCAGUUCAAGCUCAUCUUCUUCAUCUAGCUCAAGCUCAUUUUCCUCGUCUUCCAGUUCAAGCUCAUCUUCGUCAUCUUCAAGUUCAAGCUCAUCUUCCUCAUCAUCUAGCUCAAGCUCAUCUUCCUCAUCUUCCAGUUGCAGCUCAUCUUCAUCAUCUUCCAGUUGCAGCUCAUCUUCUUCAUCAUCUAGCUCAAUCUCAUUUUCCUCAUCUUCCAGUUCAAGCUCAUCUUCUUCAUCUUGCUCAAGCUCAUCUUCCUCAUCUUCCAGUUCAAGCUCAUCUUCUUCAUCAUCUAGCUCAAGCUCAUCUUCCAGUUCAAGCUCAUCUUCUUCAUUCUCCUCAUGUAGUUCAUCAUCCAGCUCAAGCUCAUCAUCCUCAUCUUCAAGUCCAAGCUCAUGUUCGUCAAGUCCAAGCUCCUCCUCAAGUUCCUCAGCGUGCUCAUUAAUGCGUUCAGUCUCAUCCCAUUCAAGCUCCUCGUGUUCCAGUUCUAGUUCAAGUUCAAGUUCAAGUUCAAGUUCAAGUUCCGUUUCAAGCCCGUGCAUCCGCCAAUCGGUGUCUUGCAGCAGUUCGAGCAUUUCCGAAAUCAUUUCAGUGUCAUCAUCAUCUUCGAUUAGCUCCUCAUGUCUCUCAUCCAUAUCAAGUUCCCCAUGUAGCUCCUCCUUUGCAAAGUCGAUAUCUAGUUUCAGCAGUGGUAGCUCAUCGAGCAGCUCAAGCAGUACCGAAGAGGUCAUUAGCCAGUCACCUGUAGCAGCCGUGUCCAUCAGCAGCACAUCAGGUGACGAGGCCUCCAGCCACAGGAUCAGCAGCUCAUUCGCCAGCAGCAGGUCGUCUCUCUCAGCCCCGAAUCCUGCAGGUCACGAGGUCUCAAGAGCCUCCAGCUCACUCCACGAGGACAGCGUCUCAAGCUCAUCUCACUCAGAUCAAGUCACAGGGCAACGAAGCAGCGAAUUAUUAUCAAGCACAACAGAAGGAUCUUUAUCAAGUCCAAGCAAAGGAAAUGCUUUUACAUUAAGCGUUUUUGCAAGUUCAACCAGCAGUAAAAACGCUUUCACAAGCAUCCUGAGCAGCUUCACCAGUAGCCUCUAUAGCAGCAACAGCGCUAACCCAAGUGUCUUGAAAAGCACGACAGCCAGUUCGUUUAGUAGUACCAGUGCCAGUAUUAGUACACCGAGUAGUUCACUUGACAACCUACAAAGUAGUAAUGCUGCUAGCUCCGGAACUCAGGGCACCUCUGAAGCCAGUGAUAAAAAUACUACCCCUAGUGCAAGCAGUUCAGCCAUAAAUUCACAAAGCUACAACAGUGUCAGCCAGUGUGUCCUAAACAGCUUGGUCUCCAACCCAAUCAGCAUCAGUGCCAGUAGCAAUUUCAAUAGUAUAGUUACCAGUUACUCUGGUAAAUUUAGUAUUAGCCGGAGCAUCCAGAGUAACUCUAUGACCAACUCUCACAGUGUCAGUCUAAGUGCAGACAUUAUUUCAUCUAAGGCUCCUGCAAAUAGUAACAGCUUUAGACGAAGUGACUUGAGUAUCUCAGCCAUAGCUCCUUCCAGUAGCAACAGUGUAAACUCUGGUUCCCCAGUUACAUCAGAUUACAGUUCAUUCAGUAUCAGUAGUGCAAUCUCCAGCUCACUGAGUAAUUUGGGAUCUGCAGAAACCAGUAGAAGCAGCAGCACCAGCAUUGAUAUUCUGAGCAGCACAGCCCCCAAGUCUUCAAGUAGCUUCAGUGGUACUUUAAGCACACCAAGUAGCUCAGGAGGUGGAAUCCUUAAUGUUAAUAGUGCCACAUUUAGUGCAAUGAGCAGUCAAGUUACCACCUCUUCCAACACUGACAGUUGUAGCCUAAGUGUUGAAGGCAGUUUGACCAGUAGCUCACCUGUUAGCAGCAGAGAGAGCAUGUGUGUGAUGAUCACUUCUUCAGCUACUUCACUUAGCAGAAGCCAUGACAGCCUUAGUUCUUUGAGUAGCAUGAACCAAGCUUUACUCAGCAGUAACAGUAAUAGCCUCAGUAAACUAAGCAGCAUUGCCAUUUACUCAUCCAACAACAGGGUUAGCCACUGCUCCUUAAACAUUUUAUACUCUGACUCACCAAGCAGCAAUAGUGUGAGUAGCAACUCUAUUAGUUUGGCUGACAGUUAUUCUGACAAAAUGAGCAUCAGCCAAAGUACCCAGAGCAGCUCUUUGACCAGUUCGCACAACAGUUACAGUGCAAGACUAAGUGCAGAUAUUGUUUCAUCCCCUGGAAACAGUAAUAGUUUUAGACCAAAUAACUUUAGUAUCUCAUCCAUAACAUCAUCCAGCAUUAACAUUGCAAACUCCAAUCCCCCAAUUACCUCAGAUUUCAGUUCAUUCAGUAUCAGUAGUGCAAUCUCUAGCUCACUGAGUAAUUUGGUAUCUGCAGAAACCAGUAGCAUCAGUGCCAGCCUUGAUAUUCUGAGCAGUACAGCCCCCAAGUCCUCAAGUAGCUUUAGCAGUACAAGCUCACACACUUGCUCAGGAGGUGGAAUCCUUAAUGUUAAUAGUGCCACAUUUAGUGCUCUGAGCAGUCCAGUUACCACCUCUUCCAACAGUGACAGUGAGAGCCUAAAUGUUAAUAGUGCCACAUUUAGUGCUCUGAGCAGUCCAGUUACCACCUCUUCCAACAGUGACAGUGAGAGCCUAAGUGCUGAAGGCAGUUUGACCAGUAGCUCACAUGGUAGCAGCAGAGAUAGCCUAUGUGCGAUGAUGAGUUCUUCAGCCACUUCUCUCAGUAGAAGCCAUGACCACCCCAAUGCUUUGAGUAGCAUGAACCAAGCUUUACUCAGCAGUAACAGUAAUAGUCUCAGUAAACUGAGCAGCACUGCCAUUUUCUUUUCCAGCAACAGGGUCAGCCACAGCUCCUUAAACACUUUACACUCUGACUCAUCAAGCAGCAAUAGUGUGAGUAGCAACUCUAUUAGUUUGGCUAACAGUUACUCUGACAAAUUGAGCAUCCAGCAAAGUAUCCAGAGUGACUCUUUGACCAGUUCCCACAACAGUAACAGUGCAAGACUAAGUGCAAAUAUUGUUUCAUCAAAAUCCCCUGCAAACAGUAAUAGUAUUAGACCAAGUGACUUGAGUAUCUCAGCCAUAACAUCAUCCAGCAGGAAUAGUGUAAACUCCAUUCCCCCGAUUACCUCAGAUUUUAGUUCAUUCAGUAUCAGUAGUGUAAUCUCAAGUUCACUGAAUAAUUUGGGAUCUGCAAAAACCAGUAGCAGCAGUGCCAGUGCCAGCACCUCCAAGUCCUCAAUUAGCUUUAGUGGUACUUUAAGCACUCUGAGUAGCUCAGAAGGUGGAAUCCUCAAUGUUAAUAGUGCUACCUUUAGUGCCCUGAGCAGUAAAGUUACCACAUCAUCCAACAGUGAAAGUUGGAGCCUAAGUGCUGGAGGCAGUUCUACCAGUAGCUCACCUGGUAGCAGCAGAGAAAGCCUUGGUGUAAUGAUUAGUACCUCAGCCACUUCACUCAGCAGAAGCCAUGACAACCUUAGUUCUUUGAGUAGCAUGAACCAAGGUAUACUCAGCAGUAGCAGUAAUAGCCUCAGUAAAUUGAGCAGCAUUAGCAGUUACUUAGUCAGCAACAGGGUAAGCCACUACUCUUUAAGCAGUUUGCAUACUGACUCAGUCAUCAGCAGUAGUGUGAGUAGCAACUCUAUUAGUUUGGCUAUCAGUUACUCUGGCAAAUUUAGCAUUAGCCAAAGUAACCAAAGUGAUUCUUUGACCAGUUCAUACAAUAGUAACAGUGCAAGACUGAGUGCAGAUAUUGUUUCAUCUAAAGCCCCUGCAAAUAGUAAUAGUAUUAGACUGAGUGACUUGAGUAUAUCAGCCAUAACAUCAUCCAGUAGCAUCAGUGUAAACUCCAAUCUCCCGAUUACCUCAGAUUUCAGUUCUUUCAGUAUUAGUAGUGCAAUCUCCAGUUCACUGAAUAAUUUGGGAUCUGCAGAAACCAGUAGCAACAGUGCCAGCCAUAGUAUUCUGAGCAGCACAUCCUCUAAGUCCUCAAUUAGCUUUAGUGAUACUUUAAGUACAGAAAGUAGCUCAGGAGGUGGAAUCCUUAAUGUCAAUAGUGCCACAUUUAGUGUCCUGAGCAGUCCAGUUACCACAUCUUCCAACAGUGACAGUUGUAGCCUAAGUGCUGGAGGUAGUUUUACCAGUAGCUCACCUGGUAACGGCAGAGAUAGCCUAUGUGCGAUGAUUAGUUCUUCAACCACUUCACUCAGCAGAAGCCAUGACAAUCCUAGCCCCUUGAGUAGCAUGAACCAAGCUUUACUCAGCAGUAACAGCAAUAGUCUUAGUAAACUGAGCAGCAUUAGCAUUUACUCAGCCAGCAAUGGGGUUAGCCACUGCUCUUUAAGCAGUUUGCUCUCUGACUCAGUCAUCAGUAGCAGUGUGAGUAGCAACUCUAUUAGUUUGGCUAACAGUUACUCUGACAAAUUUAGCAUCAGGCAAAGUAUCCAGAGUGACUCUUUGAUCAGCUCUCACAAUAGUAACGGUGCAAGUCUGAGUGAAAAAAUUGUUUCUUCAAAAGCUCAUGCAAGCUCUACUAGUAUUAGGCAAAGUGACUUUAGUACCUCAGACCUAAUCUCAUCCAGUGGCAACAGUGCAAACUCCAGUCCUCAUGUUACCUUAGCUUUUAGUACAUCUAGUAUCAGUAGCAAAAUCUCUGCUUCCUUGACUAGCUUGGGAACAGCACAUAUUAGUUGCAGCAGUGCCAGCCUUAGUUUUCAAAGUAGCGAGGCCACUGAGUCAUCAAGUGAUUUCAGUAUUAGCUCUAGCAAACUAAGUAGCUCUGAAGCUAUAAUACCCAAUGUUAAUAGUGCAACCUUUAGUACACUCAGUAGCAUGAUAAAUUUAUCACCUAGUAGUAGUAGCAACCAUAUUGAGUGUGCAAUAAGUAGUUCUUCAGCCAGCUCAUAUAGCAGAAGCAAUAUCAACUCAAGUGCUUUUAUUAGCAUGGACCAAGAUUUAGUCAGUAGCAGUCUGCACUUCUCAUCUUCAACCAGCAACAAAUUUAACCCAAGUGCUGUAAGUAACUCUAUUACAAGCUCAUUUACUAGCAACAGUGCCAGCCAUUGUUCAGUAAGCAGUUCUGCAGUCACAUCACUUAGCAACAACAAUGAUAACCCUAGUACAUUUGGUAGUGUGGACCAAGGUUUAACAAAUAGUGAAUUGAGUAGUUCAUCCACUUACUCACUCAUCACCAGUAGAGGCAGUCCUGGUGUCGUUAGUAGUUUGGCCCUAACUUCAUCUAGUAGCAACAGAGGUUAUAGUAGCACUUCUGCUGGAUCCCAAAGCAGCAGCCUUACCAGCACAAACAUAUUUAUUAGCAUUAGUUCUUUGAGUAGCAUGGUUCAAGGUUUAACUAGUAGCAACAUUAUCAGUUAUAAUGAAAUGAGUAGCUCACUAAGUAUCAGUAUCAAAGGCUUUAGUGUUAUAAGUAGUUUGUUUCCUAGUUCAUCAAGCAAUGCUGAUUCUGGAUUCCUUAGUGGCAGCUAUACUAGUACAAGUAACAGCAUAAAACCUGCUGCUCUAAGUAGCAACACUGCAUUACAAAGUUCUUGUGCUCUUGGUUCAUCCACUUCCCUGAACAGCAUGGCCACUUACUCACCAUGCAGCAACACUGACAGUAUUAGUUCAGUGGUAAGCUCUCAGAGCAGAAGUAAUGCUGACCAUAAUGCUCUGAGUAGUGCUUCUUUCAAGUUAUCCAAUGGCAAUGUUAUCAACUUGAGUGAGGUGAGCAGUUCAGUUGGAUCCUCAAGCAGCACAAAUGAGGGUACCCAAUCGAGCAGCAAGGUUUUAAAUCUUAUCAGUCCCAGUAGCCCUGCUACUGGACCGAGUAGCACCCUUGUCAGUUCAAGCAAUGAUAUCAGCUUGGGCAUUAUUUCACACAGUAGUUACUAUGCUCUAAGUAGCUCUGCUUUUGGCUCUCCCAACAGUGUUAGUACCUUGAGUAACAUAGUAACUGACUUGUCCAGCAGCAGCACUGCUGGUAUUAGCUUCAGCAAUAGCUUGGUUGUAAAUUUACCAGAUGGCAUUAGGGACAGCUCAAGCCUCUUGGAUAACUCAGCCGUAAAUUCUACGUAUAGCAACUUUGCCAGUUCAAGUGCCUUAAGUUACUCCAGUGAGACUGGUGCCAGCCAAAUCAACCAGAGUAGCUCUUUGGCUAUUUCAUUUAAAAACAGCAGUUCAAGCUCUGUUGAUACAUACUUCAUCAGUAGUUCCUCUCUGAAGGAAUAUAGCAGCAGCAUUGCAAGCCUUAGCACUUUAAUUAGUUCUCAAGCUUCAAGGCCUGCUGGUAUUAGCAGUGCCAGUUCAAGUUAUCUGGAUAAUUCCUCAGCCAGUUUAUCCAGAAGCAACAGUGCUACCAGUACUAAACCAAGUAGCUCAUUAACAGACUCAGCCAGCUUCGACAGUAUGAAAAGUGUUAUCCAGAGUAAUCUUGGCAUUAGUUCCUCCACCAGAAACAGUGUACUCCCUGUUAGCCUGAGCAAUUCUGUUACCGUUUUAUCCAUAAGUAUUGAUAUUGAUUCAAGUGCCUUGAAUAGCAAUGCUGUUGGCUUACCCAACAGUGCUAAAGAAAGCUCGCAGAGUAACACAGCUAAUAGUUCACCUGACAAUAUCAAUACCAGUUCCCAAAUAAAGAGUAGCUGGACUUCUCUCACUUCCAACAGCAUUACUUCAAGCCCAAUUACCACGAGCAGCUUGACCAAAAGCAACAGUACCAGCGCCAUGAGUACAUCUGCUGUCACAUUAGCCAGCAUUAAUGAUGCAAGCUUUGGUGACACGAGUAGCAAUAGCGUUGCCAUCUCCAGUUCUUUGAGAAGCACCAAAACCAUGUCAUCCAUGAGCAACAGCGACAGCCCCACAAAACUGAGUAAUUUAGUCACCGGCUCCUUCAGCAGUCAUAGCACAAGCCUUAGUCUCUUGAGUAGUCUAAUUGCUUUAUCUGUCAAUAGCAUCACUGUAAAUCCUGUUACUCUGAGUAGCUCUUUAGCUGGCUCACUUAACAGCUCAAGUGCCUUUAGUGCCUUGGACAAUACCACUUCCAGUAGCAGCAGUGCCAGUCCAAGUGCUCUAAGUGCUUCUUCUGCUACAUAUCCCAGUAUUAAUAGUGCAAGUGCUUCUACCCAGAGUAACCUAUAUACUCCCUCACAUACCACAAUCAGUGUCAGUCUCAUUACAUCAAGUUCCAACAAUACAAGUGGAAGUAUGGGUUUGCUGAGUAGCUCUGUUUCUCCUCCAUUACUGAGUAUUCAGAGUGCCACUUUAAAUAAUGUGAAUAGUUUGCUGUCUAGUUCACUAAGUGGAAUUAGUCCAAGCACCUCAGGCACCUUUAAUGCUGUGUCAUUUAGCAAGAAUAGUAACAGCCUGAGUAUCCUAAGUGAUGCACCCAGUGCCAGUGAUACUACUACAAGCCAGGGAACCUCAAAUAGCUUGGCUGCUGGCUCAUCGAGCAGCUUGGUCACCAUUUCAUCCAGCAGUGAUAGUAUCAGUCCGAGCAGCCCGAGUAUCUCAAUCACUGCUUCACCCAACGGCAAUUCGAUUGCAAGCUCAGUCACCAGCAACAGUGCUACCUCUGUGGUCCCAAGUACCUAUAUUACUAGCUUGCCUAGCAGCAACAAGGCCACUCUAAGUACUUUAUCUAGCAUAGUCAUUGACUCACACAGCAGCUCAGGUGGGCUGAGUACUUCAAGCAGAAACUCACUCAACAGCGCCAGUGUCGGUCCAAACACCGAAAAUAGCUCAGCAGUAGGAUCGACAUUCUUAUCCUCACUGGUGCAUAGUCCAUCUGAAGCCAGCAGCAGCAGUGCUACGACAGAUCAGUCACCAACGAGUGAUAUAUCAGAAACCAGCGUAAGCAGCCGUUCCAGCUUCGCUGCGAGUAGAAGUGAAAUGAGUCCUUUAUUAGCAUCGAGCAGCAAUAAAAUCAACAGCGAACGCACAAGCGUCACUGUUCCAGCUGAAAGCUUUAGCAGCUCUUCCUCUCUGAACAUCUUGUUCACAAGCAGCAGCAGCGGUGGUAGGGAUGGUGCAGACACAACAAGCACGGACGCCAGCAAUAAUACAGGUAGUGAAAGCAGCAGCUCAUCAUCAAGCUCAAGCUCAAUUUCAAGUUCAAGUAUUUCAAGUUCUAGUAGUUAUAGUUCCAGUUCAAGUUCAAGUAGUUCUAGUUCCAGUUCGAGUUCAAGUUCGAGCAGUUCUAGUUCUAGUUCCAGCUCGAGCUCAAGUUCGAGCAGCUCCAGUUCAAGCUCAAGUUCUAGCAGUUCUAGUUCCAGUUCCAGCUCGAGCUCUAGUUCGAGCAGCUCCAGUCAAGCAGCUCCAGUUCAAGCUCAAGUUCUAGUUCAAGUUCCAGCUCGAGUAGCAGUAGCAGCUCAAGCUCCUCCUCAAGUAGUAGCUCAAGUUCCUCGUCCAGUAGCAGUUCCAGCAGCUCCAGCUCCAGCCCCAGCUCCAGUUCCAGCUCAAGCUCUAGUUCCAGUUCUAGCAGUUCAAGUUCAAGUAGCUCAAGCUCAAGUAGUUCAAGUUCAAGCUCAUCAAGUUCUAGCAGUUCAAGUUCAAGUAGCUCAAGCUCUUCCAGCUCUAGUAGUUCUAGCUCAAGUAGCUCAAGUUCCAGCUCUUCCAGCUCUAGUAGCUCAAGUUCCAGCUCUAGUAGCUCAAGUUCCAGUUCCUCCAGCUCUAGUAGUUCAAGCUCUAGUUGCUCAAGUUCAAGCUCUUCCAGCUCUAGUAGUUCAAGCUCUAGUAGCUCAAGUUCCAGCUCAAGUAGUUCAAGUUCUAGUAGUUCAAGCUCUUCAAGCUCUUCCAGCUCUAGUAGUUCAAGCUCUAGUAGCUCAAGUUCCAGCUCAAGUAGUUCAAGUUCUUGUAGUUCAAGCUCUUCAAGCUCUAGUAGCUCAAGUAGCUCUAGCAGCUCAUGCAGUUCAAGUUCCAGUAGCUCAAGUAGUUCAAGUUCAAGUAGCUCGAGCAGCUCAAGUUCUAGUUCAAGUAGCUCGAGCAGCUCAAGUUCAAGUUCAAGUUCAAGUAGCUCGAGCAGCUCAAGUUCAAGUUCAAGUUCAAGUAGCUCGAGCAGCUCAAGUUCAAGUAGCUCCAGUAGUUCAAGCUCUAGUAGCUCUAGUAGCUCAAGCUCUAGUAGUUCAAAGUUUCUACUCAAGUUCAAGCAGUUCAAGCUCUAGUAGCUCGAGCAGUUCAAGUUCAAGUAGUUCAAGUUCUAGUAGCUCUAGCAGCUCAAGCUCUAGUAGUUCAAGCUCUAGUAGUUCUAGUAGCUCAAGUUCAAGCAGUUCAAGCUCUAGUAGCUCGAGCAGUUCAAGUUCAAGUAGUUCAAGCUCUAGUAGCUCUAUUAGCUCAAGCUCUAGUAUCUCUAGUAGCUCAAGCUUUAGUUCAAGCUCUAGUAGCUCGAGCAGCUCAAGCUCUAGUAGUUCAAGCUCUAGUAGCUCAAGCUCUAGUAGCUCAAGCUCCAGUAGUUCAAGCUCUAGCAGCUCAAGCUCUAGUAGCUCAACUCUAGUAGUUCUAGCGAGCUCAAGCUCAAGUAGUUCAAGCUCAAGUAGUUCAAGCUCUAGUAGUUCUAGCAGCUCAAGUUCAAGCAGUUCAAGCUCUAGUAGCUCGAGCAGUUCAAGUAGUUCAAGUUCUAGUAGCUCUAGCAGCUCAAGCUCUAGUAGUUCAAGCUCUAGUAGUUCUAGCAGCUCAAGUUCAAGCAGUUCAAGCUCUAGUAGCUCGAGCAGUUCAAGUUCAAGUUCAAGUAGUUCAAGCUCUAGUAGCUCGAGCAGUUCAAGUUCAAGUAGUUCAAGCUCUAGUAGCUCUAGCAGUUCAAGCUCUAGUAGCUCGAGCAGUUCAAGUUCAAGCUCUAUUAGUUCUACUAGCAGCUCAAGCUCAAGUUGUUCAAGCUCUAUUAGUUCUAGCAGCUCAAUUUCUAGCAGUUCAAGUUCAAGUAGUUCUAGCAGCUCAAGUUCAAGCAGUUCAAGCUCUAGUAGCUCGAGCAGUUCAAGCUCAAGUAGUUCAAGCUCUAGUAGUUCAAGCUCUAGUAGUUCUAGCAGCUCAAGUUCAAGUAGUUCCAGCUCUAGUAGCUCGAGCAGUUCAAGCUCAAGUAGUUCAAGUUCUAGUAGCUCAAGUUCAAGUAGUUCAAGCUCUAGUAGCUCGAGCAGUUCAAGCUCAAGCAGUUCAAGCUCUAGUAGCUCUAGCAGUUCAAGUUCUAGUAGCUCGAGCAGUUCAAGCUCAAGCAGUUCAAGCUCUAGUAGCUCUAGCAGUUCAAGUUCUAGUAGCUCGAGCAGUUCAAGCUCAAGUAGUUCAAGCUCUAGUAGCUCUAGCAGUUCAAGUUCCAGUACUAAGGAUACGACCACAACAACGACCAGUACAACGACAACCACUAAGCCAACGACAACUACCACGACUACGUCCACUUCUACUACUACGUCUACUACAACAUCAACUACGACAACCUCCCCUGCAAUGGCGGACGUGUGUGCUGAGGUCGUACUCACCGAUGCAGAACCGCUGAUGACAGUGACAUCGCCAGACUAUCCUCAGCUGUAUCCUAAUGAUUAUCACUGCGAGUUCAACGUCACUGCUCCCGCUGGCAAGACAGUAACAAUCUUCUUCGAUUCGCUCAAAGUCGAAUAUAAGACGGACUGUGUCAGUGACUACAUUCAGAUUGUCAGGCUGCAAACCUUCUACGGUGUCAAGUAA